GUCAUCAUGGAUUAGUCCAAAGUAAUGUUUUUAGUUGCUCAUUUUUUUCAGGUUAUUGCUGCCACCCUGGGGCGUGUACAUAAUCGUGACAUAACUGGACCCAGUCCUUCUGGCACAUUUAUAUAGAGGUUUGAGAAAUUGGCGAUAAAUUCUCGACAUCAUUACGAUUCUUUACAAAGUUCUUUCAAACAUGGUAAUCCUCCUCCACGUUAUCAUUAUGAAAACAGAACAUUUCAUAACGUCAGAUCGAAUACAGAUUUGGGUGACCAGGAUUGUGUAUUAAGAAUCGUCAAAUGCAUCAAUAUUCCACUUCCUUCAGGUUACAACAAAGACGAUAUGAAAGUGUAUGUGUCCUAUGAAUUUCCCUUUCCAAACGAUCAACCUCAAACUGGCUUCACGGAAACCAUCAAACACAACAUUAAUCCUGAAUUUGAUCAAAAGUUUAAGAUAUCUAUCGACGGAAAAAAACAGAUCGUUGGUGAGAAUAUUUCGACGACAAAGUGUGAAAUUUGAAAUAAAAUACAACAGAGGAUUUCUGAAAGGUGACAAGACGCUGGCUCAAGCUUCUCUUAAGUUAUCACCGUUUGAUAAUAGAUGUGAAAUUCACGAAUGUCUUAAUCUUAUGGAUCCCGAGAAAGGUCGCAAGGUGAUUGGUGGAAAGAUUGAAGUCAAAUUACGUAUUCCUGAACCUCUGACAGAUAGAUGUUGAAAUCUUGACGCAAAAAUGGUUGGUCAUAGAUGCAUUUGUAGCACCAACAAAUAGACCAAUCAGUGCUUCGUCAACAAGUAAGAAAAUGGCAGAAAAGCAAAGAAUUCAAACCAGAGGGAAUAAUGUUAAACUGUGGGAAAGUCGUUUCCUUUUCAUAGAAUAAAGUCCGUGUAUAAGAAAUCAGAAUGGAUGACAACAACUUUUAAUCUCGCUCUAUAUGCUAUCAUCGAUGUUUUUACUCAGUAUUUUGAUAUUCUUGCUGAAAUUCUUCUUGAUGAUAUGUAUGGUCAUCUAGAGUGGUGUGUCAAACAAGAUAACGAGCAGUUAGCGAGGUCUGGUACCAAUUGUUUGGAAAAUUUCGUCAUAUCCAAUGGCAACACGUUCUAUGAAGACGUCUGGGAAAAGACAUGUCAAUGUGUAAAGACGAUAUUUGAAUCAACCGUACCUCACGAACUAUUGAAAUGGAGACCCGCUGACCAACAAGUAAUGAGUCUACCCACACCAGAUGUCCCUCCUGCGUCAUCACCACUCAAGGUAAUGUCACCUGUCGACCUGGAGGAUGAUAUCGUGCCCAAAUAUCCGGAAGACGAGGACGAACAAGAUGGUCAGCAAUCGUUAAAAGGUUUGAAUGAAACGGAGGAGGAAAUGCCUCAAGAAACAGUUGAAGAAACCAAAGAACAAGACAGCAUUAGUCUACAUAGUACGCCUAGUUUACGAUUUGAACCUGUCGAAGAACACGAACCAGUCGUGCAGACGGAGAGGAUGCUGUUCAAUUCAUUGAUCAUUAAGUGUGUCGUUCAAUUGGAACUUAUCCAAAUGAUCGAGAAUGUCGUCUUUUUCCCAAGCACCAGCAAGCGAGAAGAUGAAGAUACUAUGGCUGAAAUACAGACAGUCGAAGCCCAAUUUAUUGAAACAAGAGACGUCAAUUUGGCCCGCCUGUUGAGAAUUCUCUUUCGCAUGUACGAUGACGUUGCAAGAAAGGAAUCAGGGAAAGGCGUCGAGGAAAAGGUGUUGAGGAUCUGCGAUGAAGCUUUAAGGCAGUUUAUUGAAUUACAGUCAGUUGGUCACAGGGAUGCCUGGACGAGUUUACUAUUUUUUAUGUUUACCAGAAUUCUUCGUUUAAACGAUGAAAAAGAGAUCCUGACUCACUCUUCAUCUUCGUUCGUUAUUCAAAUGUGUUUAUGUAACAAAACUCACAAGGAUAAAAAAUUGAUGUUACAAUAAGGUAUCAACUUUCAUCGCCAUUUUUAAUCUGAUAUGUAAGUGGUCGCGUUGUUUAUAUUAAAUCUCUCAUCCGUUUGUUGAGUAUGUGACAUGUAAAGAA